UCCUCCCCUCAGACCAGCAUGAAGAACAUGGAGCGUGAGCUGGUGUGCCCGGUGUGCAAGGAGAUGUACAAGCAGCCGGUGGCUCUGCCCUGCCUGCACAACGUGUGCCACGUGUGCGCCAGCGAGGUGCUGCUGCAGCACGGCUUCCUCUGCUGCGACCCCAACUCCGAACCUUCGUCCCCCGCCGCCACCCCCUCCACUCGCAGCCCCCGCUUGGGGCGCAGGGGGGGUCCCAAAUCCGACCGGCUGGACAGGCUGCUGAAAUCAGGCUUCGGCACGUACCCCGGCCGCAAGCGCAGCGCGGCUCAGCCGCCGUCGGUGCCGUUCCCGUGCCCGCUGUGCCGCCGCGACGUGGAGCUGGGCGAGCGCGGGCUGGCCGGGCUGUUCCGCAACCCCACGCUGGAGCGCGUGGUGGAGCGCUACCGCCACACCAUCGACAUCAGCGCCGCCAUCAUGUGCCAGUUCUGCAAGGCGCCGCAGCUGGAGGCCACCAAGGGCUGCACCGAGUGCAAGUCCAGCUUCUGCAACGAGUGCUUCAAGCUCUACCACCCCUGGGGGACGCAGAAGGCGCAGCACGAGCCCACGCCGCCCAGCCUCACCUUCCGCCCCAAGGUACGGCCAUAUAGGGGCAUGCCAUAUGGGGUUUGGGGUUGGUGUGGGGCUGGAGGGGGCUGCAGACCCAGCUUCAUCUUCUGACCCAAAGUAUGGCCA